AUGAAUGAACACUCACCAAACACUUUGGUGUGGGUUCCAGACGAUGAAUUGGUUUUCGCUAAAGCUCAUUUCUUAACCUCAAACGACGAUGCCAAGACUGCCAAUGUUCAAUUGGAGUCUUCACAGGAGAUCAGACAGGUGCCUCUUGAUCAAGUACAUGCGGUGAAUCCUGCCAAUUUUGACAAAAUCGAUAACAUGUCCGAACUGACUCACUUGAACGAACCUGCAGUACUUUACAACCUUGAGAACAGGUAUCUGGAUGACAUGAUAUACACAUACUCCGGGCUGUUCCUCGUUGCUAUUAACCCAUAUUCUGACAUCCCCAUCUACAACCAAGAGUACAUUGAUCGGUACAACAACUGUGAAACUCAUAGAGGUGAGGCUAAAGUGAAACCGCAUAUUUUCGCGGUAGCCGAGGAAGCAUACCAAAGUCUGUUGAGCGAAAAGGAGAACCAAACCAUUUUGGUAACGGGGGAAUCCGGUGCAGGGAAGACUGAAAAUACAAAGAAAAUCCUUCAGUAUCUUGCCGCUAUCACUUCAAGGGAUGAACCCUCCCUGACGGCAUCUUUGCAAGGCGGUGGGAAAAGUUUCGAAAUGAAAAUUUUGCAAAGUAACCCGAUAUUGGAGGCGUUUGGGAAUUCACAAACUGUAAGGAACAAUAACUCAUCGCGUUUUGGGAAAUUCAUCAAAAUUGAGUUUGAUGAGAGGGGGAGGAUUAAUGGUGCCCACAUCGAGUGGUAUUUGUUUGAGAAAUCAAGGGUUGUUAAUCAACACAAGGAGGAACGAAACUACCACAUCUUCUAUCAGUUUUUGACAGGUAUCAGCUCCCAUGAGCUAAAUAAGAAAUAUAAACUACCGACGAAUUCCAUUGGCGCAUAUAAUUACUUAGCCCACUCCAACCAAACGAUACAGGGUGUAGAUGAUCAGGAAAACUUUGUACAACUGUUACUUGCAUUCAAAACGGUUGGAAUAUCUGAAGAAGAAAUUGAACAGAUGUUCAAAAUAAUUGCCAUCAUCUUACAUAUAGGGAACAUUGAAUUUUCUUCAGAAAAGGCUGAACAGGCUUCCUUUAAAAAUGAGACUACAGAUUUAACCGAGUUGCUAGGUGUUACAAAUGAGGAGUUUACUCACGCUAUUUUAAGACCAAAAUACAAAGCUGGUAAAGACUGGGUGUCAAAAUCAAAAAAUUCGACUCAAGCUCGGUUUGUACUGAACUCACUGGCAAGAAAAUUGUACGAGAAUAUGUUUGCGUACAUCGUUGAAAGAAUAAAUAGAUCCUUGGACCACGGAUCAAUGACAGCAAAUUACAUUGGGUUGCUGGAUAUUGCAGGCUUUGAAAUAUUCAAGCAUAACUCCUUUGAACAGCUUUGUAUCAACUACACAAAUGAAAAGUUACAGCAGUUUUUCAAUCAUCACAUGUUUGUCCUAGAACAGAGUGAAUACGUCAAGGAAAACAUACAGUGGGAAUAUAUCGAUUACGGGAAAAACCUACAAUCUACCAUUGAUCUCAUAGAACAGAAGAGCGUCCCGUCUGGCAUAUUGCCUCUACUAGAUGAAGAAUCCAUUCUCCCUAAAAGUACAGACAAAUCUUUUUUCGAAAGGCUAAUUACCAGCUGGGAGAAAAAGUCAGAUCGGUUCAAAAGAUCAAAGCUUGAAGAUUGCUUUAUCUUGAAACAUUAUGCAGGAGACGUGGAAUAUAAUGUCGAUGGCUGGUUGUCAAAAAAUAAAGAUCCUUUGAAUGAAAACCUACUAUCGGUGAUGUCCAGCUCGACCAACACGCUGGUUUCAAGUUUUUUCAGUAUUGAAGAUAGCUCGGAUAAACAAGGAAGAGUAUCAGGCAGGUCAUUGAGAACUGCUUCUGCACGUCACAGGGAACAACAGAUAUCACUCCUAAAUCAACUAGGGCACUCACAUCCUCACUUUGUUCGAUGCAUCAUUCCCAACAAUCUCAAGAUGGCCAAAAGAUUUGACCGGAAUUUGAUUUUGGAACAGCUGCGUUGCAAUGGUGUCCUGGAAGGUAUCAGAAUUUCGAGAGAGGGUUAUCCCAAUAGGAUUCUGUUUGCAGAGUUCCUUGAAAGGUAUAAUUUACUGAUGAAGGAAGAAGAAUACAAAGGUGUAGACCAAAAGAAACAGUGCGAAAUUAUCCUGUCGCAUCUCCACUUGGAUCCAACACUAUUCAAAGUGGGAAAAAGUAAGCUAUUCUUUAAAGCAGGUGUUCUGGCUAAUAUGGAGGUCGAACGCGAAUGUAUAUUGCGCUCCAUAUCCGUCCUCCUAAAUUCACGUAUAAGAGGGUGUUCGGCAAGAAAAAUGGCAAAACAAAAACUGAAAAAGCUGACGGCUGCCAAAAUGGUUGGAGAGUCUUUCCGACGGUACAAUACUCUAAUGGAAGAUCCGUGGUAUAAUUUGUUUAUUAGGAUCAAACCUUUGUUAUCAUCGACAGAGGACACAUUGAAGUCAAGGAAAUUCAUAGCCGAAAUAAAAGCUAUGGAGGAAAAGCUUAUGGAAAGUCAGAAACAAAGCAAUGAAUUUCUUAAGAAAAAUAGCGAAGUUAAUGACCAGUUGAACGAAACGAGAAAGUUGUUGAAGCAAGAAACUGAAAAACUUAAAGAACAUGAAAGAACCUUGGUUGACAACGAAGCUAAAAAAGAGCUUUUGAAAGUUCAGUUGGAUGAAGCCCUUGUUUUGCAUGAAAAACUUGAUAAUGAGAAAAAGGAAAUUUUGAAGAAUUACGAAGAGGCAGACGCUAAAGUUGCGUCUUUGCAGAAUUCACUCUCAGAAAAGGGGAAAGAACUUGAUUGGCUGCAGUUAAGGAAAUCGGAGUUAGAAGCUGAACUUAGAACUCUGAAGGAUAGCAUCACGUCCGAAGAACAAUCUCAAAGCCACUUGAUGAAGGAGAAUGAAAAACUCACAGAGCAGAUUGUUUUGCUCCAAAAAGAGUCAGCGGCCAAAGAGGACCAGAUAAGAAAUCUAAAAGAAAAAGUGGAGAUAUCUGGAAAGGGUUUAGAGAGCAAACUAGAGCUUUUGGAGAAGAGUUGUGAUGCUUCGAUGACCAAACUAAAAGUUUUGAUUGAUGAGAACGUCCGCUUGAAUGCCCAGAUCAAUUCAGUGAAAAAAGAAAAAACAGAAUUAGUCGGAAAGCUGAGAUCGAAGGAUGCCGAGUUGACCAAAUUAAAUCAAAAGGCCAGUCUUCACAGCACUGAACUUGAAAAUAUUUCUGCUCAAAGAGAUCAAGCAAUUAAAAAAAACCAACAAACAGCGUUAGUACUGAAAAACACCAAGAAGGAUUUUGAGCUACUAAAAACAAACUACACCUCCCUGCAAAAUAGAUAUGACAGCCAAAAAGAAGUUCAAAUUCAGACGGAAAAACAACUUAGCAUGGAAAAGGAUGACUCUAGGGUACAUGACCUCGAGAGAAGGCUUGACCAAGAGAUUUCAUUAAACGAAUAUCUGCAUCAACAACUUUCAACAAAAGAUAAAAUCAAUAUAGGCAUUCCUUCAGCUUCAUUUCUUUUUAAACCGGAAAUGAGCAAAGAAGAGCUAGUGAUGGGAUGUAACGAAAUCAUUGUAAAGUUGGAUGAUACGUCGAAGAAGCUGCAAGCCGAAAUUGAAGAAAAGAAAAAUCUCAUUUCCAAAUUACGUUUUGCAGAAACGAGACUUGCAUCAUCUUCGUUUGAUUUUCAGAAUGCAAAUGCCCAAGUGAACAAACUGAAGGAAAUAAUAGAAAAAUCGAAUCUGAACGUUGAUUUGGACAAGGAACUGGGUGAAAGUACACUGACAGAUAUUAAUGUCGAAAAGCUUGUACUUGAAGUUCAAUAUCUUAGAAGACAAUUGGAAGUUGAGAAAAAUGUACGCACAAAUGCAGAAAAUGUGACAAAAGCUCUUCACCAGAAAUUUGACAAAAUACAAAAAGUUGAUUCCACUUCCAAUAUCUACAAACUGAAGUUCGAAGCAAGUGAAGAACGUAUAAAAUCUCUAGAAUCGAAACUGCAUUCCGGGGUUUUACGGGAUAAAACAAACACAUUAAACGCUGGUAACAUUUUCCGAAAUAGAGAUAACGCUGCAAAAUAUGAGGAGGAGAUUCGUUUCCAGAAAAUUGAAAAUUACAAGCUUCAAGAGCAUCUUAACGAAACAAAUAAACAAAUAACCAGUUUGUCUUUUGAAAUAAAGCAAUAUGGGUCCAAAGAGAAGAUGCUAGAAAACCACAUUGACGUAUUAAAGCAGGAUUUGGAAGAUGCUGAGAAACAAAAAGAAUUGCUAAACUUGUCGUUAAAACAACAACGAAUCCAGUACGAAAAGUGCGUCGCCGACCUGCAAGAGAACGAAGUCCAGCUUCGAGACUACAUACAUGCUCUGAAACAAGCUGAAGAUGAUGUAAAAAGUAUGGCAGAUGUCAUAGACAAGUUGAAGACUCAAAACAAAGAAAAAGACAAAAUAAUCUGGGAGAAAGAGACAGCACGGAACGAGAUCGAAAUGAAGCUUGAAGAUAAUAUAUUGGAAUAUAAACGAGUUCAGGACCUAAACGCACUUUUGAACUCAGAUUUGGCACAUCUCAGAGGAGCAUUGUCCGAAGUUAGAGACACUUCACAGUAUACCAAUGAAAUUGAGGGACUCAAGCAAGAGAUUGAAUCUAGCAAUAAAAGAGAGACUACUUUGAAGAAGGAAAUUUCAACGUUGAGAUACAAACUGGAAACAACUACGAAUAAUUCUGAAGCAAAGAUUGUUGAUCUAAUAAAGCAAUUGGAACAUUACUCGCAUCUAGCAGAGGUACUCAGUAAUGAAAGAGAUGUUGCGGAUGCUGCAGAAAAGGAAUUGCGGAAGGAAUACGAUGACUUGACCAUGAAAUCGAAUUCCCUGACUUCCAAGGUUGAAUCGUUAGCUGAUGAACGGUCGCAGCUUCUCUCUGAUAUUGACCAACUGAGAAAGAAGCUAGAUGAGUCCAGUGAUAAGUUCAGUAAUUCAGUGAGAGAGAAACAUGACAUUAAUGGACAGAUUAAGUAUUUAGAAGAGACUUUGGCACUUCAAAAGGAACAAAAUAUCCGCAACGAGGAACUGGUUCAAAAGUUGCAGGCAGAGAUGGAGGAUUAUAGAGAGAAGUUUGAGGCUGAAAAGCAUGCCAAUAUUGAACUUCAUGAAGAUCAUCAAACUUUGGUUAAGGUAAGCACCCAGCUCAAAGAGAAAAUCGCAACACUUCAAGAGCAGUUGAAUGAUACAACACAGAAGGAUGGUUGGAUUGCUAAAAUUCAGGAGAUGGAUCGGAUGCUUGCCGAGGAAACUGAAGUGAAAUAUGAAGAGAUGAAGAAGAAUAAAAAUCUUGAACUCAUAGUCGAAGAUCUGAAAACCAAGAACCAGCAGCAAAGUGAUGUAAUUCAAAUGGCUAACGAGGAUAGACAGCAGUUUGAAAAUAAUAUGCUACAAUACAACGGACAAGUUAGUGAAUUGGAGAAGUUAAUCUCUAAACAGGAGCUUGACCUUAAAAAGUUUGUAAGGGACAAUUCUUACUACCAGGACAGAGUUUCAGAUUUGGAGAAGGAGUUGAACUUUUGGAAAGCGAAGGCUGGUGGCGAGAGUAACGGCAUGAGGAUGUCAAUGGAGGCGUCGAAUGAAAAAGUAUAUGGUUAG